GUGUUUGAAUGACAACAAACAAACCAAUCUCUUUUUCGCUGGAAUACCGCUGACACGCCGUCCACCAAUAAGCGCGAAUCGUUACGUGUUAGGGGCGGGAUUAGGACGUGGUCAAGAUUGUGCGUGAAAAGUGUAUGAAUACCAGGAGCGGAGCGGGUAGUACGGUGAGCUGUUCCUAACCUCGCCAAAAUGACCAAGCUGGGCUUCUUGCGUUUGUCCUAUGAGAAACAGGACACAUUGCUGAAGCUGCUCAUCCUGUCUAUGGCUGCUGUGCUUUCCUUCUCCACCAGAUUGUUUUCUGUCUUGAGGUUUGAAAGCGUUAUUCAUGAGUUUGAUCCAUACUUCAACUACCGUACCACCCGCUUCCUGGCAGAAGAAGGAUUUUACAAGUUUCACAACUGGUUUGAUGACAGGGCAUGGUAUCCUCUGGGGAGGAUCAUUGGUGGAACCAUAUAUCCAGGACUGAUGAUCACUUCUGCUGUCCUGUACCACGUCCUACAUUUUUUCCACAUCACUAUUGACAUUCGUAAUGUCUGUGUCUUCCUGGCUCCCUUGUUCUCCUCCUUCACUGCUAUUGUCACCUACCAUUUCACGAAGGAGCUGAAGGAUGCAGGUGCUGGGCUCCUGGCUGCUGCCAUGAUUGCAGUAGUGCCUGGUUAUAUCUCUCGUUCUGUUGCUGGUUCCUAUGAUAAUGAAGGGAUUGCCAUCUUUUGCAUGCUGCUGACCUAUUACAUGUGGAUCAAGGCUGUCAAAACCGGGUCAGUGUACUGGUCAUCCAUGUGCGCACUGGCCUACUUCUACAUGGUCUCCUCCUGGGGUGGCUACGUGUUUCUGAUCAACCUCAUCCCCCUACAUGUCCUGGUGCUGAUGCUCACAGGCCGUUUCUCUCAUCGCAUAUACGUGGCUUACUGCACUGUCUACUGCUUGGGCACCAUCCUCUCCAUGCAGAUUUCUUUUGUUGGUUUCCAGCCAGUUCAGUCAUCAGAACACAUGGCAGCUUUCGGUAUGUUUGGCUUGUGCCAGAUUCAUGCUUUUGUGGACUAUCUGCGCAGCAAACUCAAUGCUCAGCAGUUCGAGGUCUUGUUUAAGAGCGUCAUUUCCUUGGUGGGCUUCAUCCUGCUGUCUGUUGGCACUGUACUAAUGCUGACAGGUAAGAUCUCUCCAUGGACUGGUCGUUUCUACUCCCUGCUGGACCCCUCAUAUGCCAAGAACAACAUCCCCAUCAUUGCCUCUGUCUCUGAGCACCAGCCUACAACCUGGUCCUCAUAUUACUUUGACCUUCAGCUUCUGGUUUUUAUGUUUCCGGUUGGUCUUUAUUACUGUUUCAACAAUCUCUCGGAUGCCAGAAUCUUCAUCAUCAUGUAUGGUGUGACCAGCAUGUACUUCUCAGCUGUCAUGGUUCGUCUAAUGUUGGUGUUGGCUCCAGUCAUGUGCAUCCUGUCGGGCAUCGGUGUGUCCCAAGUGCUAACCACUUAUAUGAAGAAUCUGGAUGUGAGCCGGCCAGACAAGAAGAACAAAAAACAGCAGGACUCUACCUACCCCAUAAAAAAUGAGGUUGCCAGUGGGAUGAUUUUGGUUAUGGCCUUCUUCCUCAUCACAUACACCUUUCACUCCACCUGGGUCACCAGCGAAGCCUACUCCUCUCCCUCGAUUGUCCUGUCUGCUCGUGGAGGUGACGGCAGCCGCAUCAUCUUUGAUGACUUCAGAGAGGCCUAUUACUGGCUCCGCCACAACACUCCUGAGGAUGCAAAGGUCAUGUCCUGGUGGGAUUAUGGCUAUCAGAUAACUGCCAUGGCUAAUCGAACCAUUUUAGUGGACAACAACACGUGGAAUAAUACUCACAUCUCCAGAGUUGGACAGGCCAUGGCAUCUACAGAAGAGAGGGCCUAUGACAUAAUGAGAGAACUAGAUGUCAGUUAUGUCCUGGUCAUCUUUGGAGGACUAACAGGAUAUUCCUCUGAUGACAUCAACAAAUUUCUUUGGAUGGUUCGCAUCGGUGGAAGCACUGACACAGGCAAACACAUCAAGGAGCAUGACUACUACACACCCACAGGAGAGUUCCGAGUGGACCGUGAGGGCUCGCCUGUCCUGCUCAACUGUCUCAUGUACAAGAUGUGUUAUUACCGCUUUGGCCAGGUCUACACAGAGGCCAAACGUCCACCUGGCUAUGACCGAGUGAGGAAUGCUGAGAUUGGCAACAAAGACUUUGAACUGGAUGUGUUGGAGGAGGCCUACACAACAGAGCACUGGCUAGUUAGGAUAUACAAGGUGAAAGAUCUGGACAACCGGGGUCUUUCCAGAACAUAAGACUAUUAGAGAGGCGUGAAAGUGUCUUUUCACGCACAGCACUGAACACCUUCCCCCGUGGCAGAUCAUUGACAAGAACAAUAAAGAAUACCUUUUUAUACAUUUGUGGGGGUAGGCAAUGCACAAGAGAUUUUUUUUUCUUCAUGGAUUUUUUUUUGUGUGGGAAAAAUAAAACAUCUCAUUUGUGAUCAGAGGGAGCUGGUUUCAAAAUGCCCAUGUCUGUUAGAAGCGCAGUUUGUAAUGAAGUGGCCAGAAGAAAGCUGUGUUUAUGUAUGAGCGCUUUGGAUUUUUAGUGUGAUUAAAUAAAGUGGAAGGAUAAAAAAAGGAA